AUGACGAACGCACCCGCACCUACAGCCAGCACCGGUAACCCCACCCACACCAACACCAACGCUGACACCGCCGACAUCAACCCCAACACCCCCCUUUCCAAACCCAAACCCCAAACCCAAACCCAACCAGAAAACAAAGACCCCCAAAAGAAAACCCCCCAAAAGAGGUUAAUAAACCUCUUCCGCGGCUGGCCCGCCCCGUCCCUCCUCCCCGCCGCCGGCCUGAAGGCAGCCGCUUCACACGUGCUGUCGGAUCCGGAACUGGUUGUCCCGGUGCUGUACUAUGGCAUUGACCCGGGGUUUCAGCCAGUUGAGUCAGGAGGUGGCGAGGUGGUUGGGGGGGGUUUAUUCUUAUGGGGGGGUUUGAAGUGUCCACGGCGUCCGUGGGGGGGUCUACCGAUCCGGGAUAUACGCGCGCACGUGUGGGUGGUGGCGCCGUGCUACUUUAUGGCGUGCCCUAUUUUCGAAGACUCGGGGUUCCGUGGGAGGCUGCGCGCCGUGCCGGAGGACGAGGCGGGAGUGGAUGUGGGUGUGCUGGAGAGGAAGUUGAAGGAGUGUGAGGCUGAGCCGUGGGAGAACCACCCCUCCAACCACCCCUACCCCGACCGCAAGCUCUACCGCCACGUCAUCUACCUCGUCGCCACCUGCGCCAACCCCUCCGGCAAAACCAUGCCGCUCGCCCGCCGGCAGCAACUCGUGCACCUCGCCCGCGCGCACGACGCCCUCAUCAUAAGCGACGACGUCUACGACCUCCUCCAAUGGCCCGUCUCCCCCACCCCCACACCAACCCCCUUAACCACCUCAUCCCCCUCCAUCGCCCCCCUCCCGCUCCUCUCCCAAAUCGACGCCGCCCUGCCCCCCUCCCCGCACGAACCCCACUACCACCACCACCACCCAAACUCUCCCACCACCCCCAACCCACCCCCCCCUCUUCGGACACGCCAUCUCCAACGGCUCCUUUCUCCAAGCUCGUCGGCCCCGGCGUGCGUACGGGGUGGCUGCACGGCAGCGCGGGGUUUGCGGCCGGGUUUGCCGCGACGGGGACGAACCGCAGCGGCGGGGCGGCGAGCCCAGGGGGUGGAUGCUGGGGUGGUGGCGGAGCGGGCCAGGGUCGAGGAGGAGCUGGUGGUUGCGCCGGGGCGCAUCUUUGAGGUGGCGGGAGACGAGGCCGCAGCGAGGUUCCCGCGGAAUUUGAGGUUGAGCUUUUCGUGGGCGGACGAGGAGGAUAUUGUGGAGGGCGUGGAGAGGUUGGGGAGGGUGGUUAGGAGGGUGUUGGAGGGAGAAUCUGGGGUCGCUGGGGACGGAGCUGGGACCGUGGACACGGGGGAGUUCAAGUAA